AUGCAGGACUUAACUUUUGCUAGUUCGCCUGAGAGCUCACCGACGCAAAAGAAACGACGAAGAAUGAGUCGCAAAGUUCCAAUUGACAUGAUGUUGCAAGUUCAAAUCGCUUCGGUUCAACCAAAGGACAGAGAAGCGCUGAAAAAGCGACUAAGGAAGCAACUCACGUGUUGUGAAAUCAAUGAAAUAACAACUUCUGGACUCACCGCGCUUAAUCAGUGCGUGUUAGACGGGAAUUUGGAGAGCGCAAAAAUGUUAGUAGAGUUAGGCGCUGAUGUGAACAAGAAAGAUAGAUUUGGAUGGACUCCUUUGCAUUAUGCGGCUAGCGAGGGAUACGUAGACAUUUGCCGCUUUCUCUUGCGGUGCGGCGCAAAUGUGCGCAUCGAGGACAAAGAUGGAAAAUUCCCUGUUGAAGUAACAGACGAUGAACUCGUUCUUCGCAUUUUGUUGAGAGCGACUUUGUUUUAUAAUAUGCCGCCUUUGGAAAGAGAUUCAAUACAACACAGUUGUUGA